GUGGAAAACAAAAAUUUUAGAGAUGGAAUAAAAUCUGAUGGAUCAAAACAAUUAAUGCAUUUACCUGAUGGAACACCAAAAGGAAUUAAAAAAAUUCUUGAAGAGAGAGACUUAUGGAUUCCAGGAUUAAAUCGAAUCUGUGAUGAUUGUAAAAAAAGAUCACCUGUUCAAAAUUUUUGUUGUGCUGUCAGAAUUCUUGAACUUCAACCAGAUUUUAUGAACCAGAAACCUUUAAUCCAACUAGAAUAA